GCUGGGAGGCUCCGUCUGGGGCCAAGCUAAGCCGCUGCCCCGGUGGGUGGGUGGGGUGCUAAACAGCCGGAGGAAAGGAAAGAAAGGGGGGGCGCGGAAGAAAGAGGCGGGAACGGGAGGGGAGAUGUUGGGGAAGCGGCUGGCCUGGGAGAAGAGAUCCUGCUAAAGUUAUUUCUCUCUCCCCCCCUUUCCUUCCUUCUUUCCCUCCCAACCCCGGGAAGGAAGAGAGCAGGACUUCUUGAGAGGAAAUGCCAAGGGUCUUGUGUUAGCCUUGUCGAGAGGAGGAGGAGGAGGAGGAGGAGGAGAGGGGCGUUUAAGCUCUUUAUUACUCGGAGGAAGAGAGCUUGGCAGAUGUCCCAAGCGAGAGAACCUCUUCCUUCAGGGCCUGAAGGGCCAGAGCGCGCAGCUCCGGCUGAAAACAGCUUUUUGAUCUCGCUCCCUCGAGAAAAAUGUGAUAGAGGAAGAACAGCGCUAGGAGAGAGAGAGAUCAGAGAACCUUCAAAUAACCCAAAUACACAAGUAGAUGCAGAAGACCAGCCUGUCUGGGGGAAUUGCACUGGUGAUGACCUCAUCAGAACACAACCUCAGCGUUUGCCACAACCUAAUGCUUCACCACUGGAAAAGUUUAAGGAAGAAACAGGCAAAAUACAAAAUGGCCAUACUGGGCUGAGUAACACGAGUGGGAUGCACAAUGGAGUCAAGUGUGGGGCACCAGAUAGCAGAAAGUUCUCGGCACCUGUUUCCCAAAAAAUGCACAGAAAAAUUCAGUCCAGCUUGUCUGUUAACAGUGGAAGCAGCAAGAAGAGCUCUGCAUACUCGCACAAACCAGGCUCUUCACCUGAAGAUUGCUGCGUGCACUGUAUCUUGUCCUGCUUGUUCUGCGAAUUCGUCACCCUCUGUAGCCUUGUCCUGGGACAAGCGUCAUGUGGGGUCUGCCCUGUAGAAGCCUGCUGUUGCUGCUGUGGAGAAGAAAUGGGAGAUGACUGCAACUGCCCGUGUGAUAUGGACUGCGGCAUAAUGGAUGCCUGUUGUGAAUCAUCAGACUGCUUGGAAAUUUGUAUGGAAUGCUGUGGGAUUUGCUUCCCAUCAUGAUAACUUCUUAUCACUUUUUUUCUGUUUUCUUAAAAAAAAACACAACGUAACUGGAGAGGGUUCUUGGUUUUGUGUGUUUCUCUGAAAUAAAACAACAACCCCUUUCGAAGGACACAUUUAGACCCUCUUGCAGCAACCUGGUUUUCUGCAUUGUUAACUUGAUUUUAUAAACAAGUGUUGAAGAAAAGCAAGCUCAUAAGAACAAAUGCUUGAUGGUCUAAUUUUCUGUAGUGGGUGGUUGACUGUGCAAAGACCUGCUCACAGAGGUGAAACAACCAUUGGUGGUUGUUCCUGGAUAAAGACAAAAGGUUUUUAGCCCUUUGUAGUUUCCUGUUGUGUGCAGGCAGGGGGUUGACAGAGUUUACCACCCCUUCACUAACAAACAAGUUACUAGAAGAGAUAGAAAACAGUAGAGUUGGAACAAAGUAACAACAAUUUCAUGAGGGCUUUCCACUUAAGUGAAUCUCUUGGUGGCAAAUAUUUGUAAUAGGUUAUAUUUUUUUUAACAAAAACAGAAAACAAAUGCUUUUUACUGUGUUUUUUGUUUUAACAGCAAUGUGAAUAAAUAUUUUAUUUUCUCAUCUGUAGAUUUAUAUAAUUUAAGUUUUAUCUAAAGUGCAUCACGAACAAACUGACUCAUAUUUUACAAUACAUGUCUACUAAAAAAACAACUCCAGUUGAGAUCAGUGGCACUUGUUUUGCAGUAAGUACAAUUGCAACUUUAAAGCGCUUUUCACCCCAUCAAAUUACGUUUAUAUAUAUAUAUAUAUUUAUACUAUACAGUUGACUCACAACUUGCAUAGAAGUUACAUUCCAGGAAAGGGGCUUAAAGUUGAAAUCAAGUGUAUAGUCAAAACAACCCCGGAACCACACUUGUGUGCAUCCCUACAUUUCCGAAGCUGGUGCACUGAGUGUGUUUUGCCUUACAAAACUUUGGGAUACUCUCGCGGGGUCAUCCAAGAUCUCGUAAGAGCUUCCCAGAGUCUAGUAAGCAAGCUUAAAUGUUCUUUUCAUGCCAGGCUUUCCUGGCACAAGUUAAAUGCGUGCAAAUUUCCUGACACAAGUUAGAUGUGCAAGGUGUGAGUUCUCUGUAUUUAAGAAAAACUAAUUGGAAAUGUGAUGACAAUUCAGGGAAGCGCUGUGUGUUUCCUUUUGCCCCCAUCCUCCAAGUCCUGUGCAGAAAUAAUGUUUGGUAUUUUUAUUUAAGACAGCAAAUGCAGAAAUGUUGAUGUUUCACACAGCAGUCAUGUUAAGAAUAAAGGAGAACUGGGUAAGACUUGCUGCACAGGAAGUGCUUCCCAAUGAAAUGAAUGAAUAAAGCUGAUGUUUUUUAAGUUUUAAAAUGUUGUGUGAUUGUUUGAAAAAGUAUUUGAAGUUAUUUAAAGAAGGAAUAUCAUACUAUGGUAUCUUAAAAGUAGCAGCUUUGUAGUAAACUUUUAGGAGUGAGCAGCACACUUUGGAAAUUAAAUUUGCCUUAAUAGUUCUCAUGGUGUAAUUGAAAUCUAACCCAAUGCAUUGAGUGACUUCCAGAUUUCCAUACACUGGUGCUAAUUUACUGUGACUUCCAAGAGUUUUUAAUGUGACUCAUUAAUUCAGUCUAAUUCAACUACCUGGUUAACCUGAUUUUUCUUUGUAAGUCCAAAUUUCCCAAUGGCCUGUUGGUUUGGUAACGUUUGACCUUUGUCUGUAGGUUAUGCCUUCUUGAUCCAAAUACAGUGGCAAGCAUACAUUUUAUUAUAACAAAUGGCCCAUGUGUGUGGUGAAUAAAAAUUCCAAGAAAAUGAAAAGUUAAGCCUGAACCUUCAAACACUGAUUUACCAAUGCUUACUACUGAGUUGUUACUGAAAAAGAAAAUGUUAAGAAUAUACUUAGGUAUUCUAUGGAGCUACCUGCUUGCUUCUCAAUACAUUCGACAUGAUAAUGUAGAGGGAGUGCCUUUCUCUCCUCCUCUGGUAGCUUUCCCCUUUUUUUCUUUUGUUGCUGCUGCAACUGUAGGAUUGGAUUCUGAUCUUUCCUCCGUUGUACUUCAGAGAGGGAGAAAAUGUCAGUAAAAUGUUAUUUUUAUAGCGGCAUGAUUUCAUGGAUGUUUUCGCAACGGAAAUUUUUAGAACAAACAAAUUGAGUAGACCAGUAAGCUCAGGGUCAAGGCAGAGGGGACUCAGUUACGCCUCCUAAAAGUAAGGAGCAUACCUAAAGAGAAGUAGCACAUAGAUUGAAUGGUGGUGCCCAGAGGGCAACUGGAAAAGGAGGAUACCAUGAGGAACAAGAUGGACAUGUGGUACAUUGGCCAGCUUUUGCUGUUGCAGAAUUGGCAAAUGCUGUAGUGAUAUACACUGCCCUGAUCAAGGUUAUCCCAUUCUUUGAUGUAGGGGUUCAGCGUUGCCAGACAAACCAACAACCAAAAACACUAUUGGAGCCCAUUUAGUGAAAUGAGCAUUUCUGUUUUGGAACUUUUGUUUUUUUGUAUGCUGCAACCAUUAUUAUAUGGCUUUAUCUUUUUCCCAAAGUUAUUACGUAUCAAGCUUUAAUUAAUCCAAGAAUAUUUAAGAAUUCAGUAUCGUUCUUCAAAAAUGAAUUACUGUACAUAUCUGUUCGUACUGCGUUUUCAUCACCUUUGGUAGUCUAUUUGUAAUUCUUUUUACCUUGUAGAACACUUCAUGAGCAGAACUAGUGUCACACUGUUAGUUCAAAUAUGAAAAUUAUGGGAACUGUACUGAACUCCUCCUAGAAUGUGAUUUCAGUAUUAUAGAAAAUGCAAGGGUUGCAUCUAUUUUGUUGUUAAAAUUUCUAACUACUCCACUAUAGCACUUCUUUAUGCAGUCUUCAAGUGCAAAAUACUCAAUAGUGGAAGUUUUCUAGCUUGGGACAUAUAAAGCCUUCAAAUGAUUGGGAGUUAUCAUAUGAUUAUUAACACUUUUUUUAUUCCAAAAAUAAAAAAUUGUGUGAAUUGUUUGACAUGCUAAAUAUAUCCUGCUACUAUGUGUCAUAGAAAUAUUAAUGGUGUGUAAUAUUUAUCUCCACAGGAGAGCACAUUAGUGAAUAGUUUUUAAGAAACUUUUUUCUAUGUUUAGUUUCUUAAAAAUCUUCCAUCACUUAGCCUUUCUGGAGCCAACCUUUUGGGAACCAUCUAUGAUUAAAAGUUAAGCAGUGCAAAAGUGCAGUUAAAGUAACAAUUUUCUUGUCAUCUAAUCUGUCCAUUUAACGAAGACAGAGGUCCUCAGUUAAUACGGAAUUGUGAACUCUUCCAGAUAUAUAUAUUUUUUAUAAAAAAGCUUGUUACUUGCUCUAUGACCUUUCUGUUAACUGGAUCAUUUGAUAUUAAACACUAUUUUGAAAUAAAGAAAUUUAUUUUGAAUCCUUGCCUAGUACUUUUUAUUAGUUUGUGUUUUACUGCCAUAAGUGUGCAGAUGGUUGUAGAAAGAAACAGACAGUGCUUUCAGUGUAGCUUCCUGUUACACCCGUUACUGACUAUCCUGUUUGCUCACUUUGGAAGUCUUGGAUGUUAUGAGUGGAAUAAUUUACCCCUGCAUAACACACUGAACCUUGAGUUCCUGAAGAAAUAAUUUUGGUCACAGUAAUUUCAUUCUAAUUAUCUGUAAUAUGAGCACUAAAUGACCAAUUUAAUCCCCUUUGUAAUUCUUUUUACGUGGAAUAGUACCUAAAAUUGCAUGAUUGCAUUUGAAACAUUUACUAAAGUGUUCCUUUUCAGGUUACUAAAACUUUUUAUGUCAGCUUAAAUAUACUGUACAGAUUCCUGUGUACAUCUGAAGGAAUGCCCUUGAAGGAAGAUAGAUGAACACAUGUUUAUUGUGCAUGAAGUGCUAGCUAGAAUAAGGAAGGUGUGAAUAGCCCUAAUUUCCUUAAUCUCUGUGGGUGAUCCCUACUCUGAUUUUCCAUCUAGGAACAGAAAUAGUUGCUUCAAUCUACUGGUACCUGUGACCACAGUUGAAGGUUUAUAUGCACCUGAAGGUUUUGAGUCCUUUCAAUGCUAGGACUUGAAUUUUUUGUACUGACAUGGUUCUGUGUUUGCCAAUAGCUGUAGUCCACAUAUUUUCUCCCUCUUUUGCAGUCUACUGCAGCCAUGUACCUUCAAGGUGUUUUGAACUGCACAGUACCCAUCAGCUUCAGCCAGCACAGCUGUGAUGGUUGGGGCUGAGAAGUUGCAGUCCAAAAGAUCUGGAGGAACCCAAAUACCAUUAACUAUUUUCUAACUAUGCUUAUUCAGUACACUAUAAAGGACAUUGUUGUCCCACUCCCGCCCCACCAGUAGCUAUUCAUGGCUCACUCUGGGACAAUCUGUUUAAGGCAUAGAAUAGAAGACACCAUCCUAACCAUUGUAAUCAACUCUAAACUAUUUAUGAAUUUGCUUAAUGGUGUGUUUACAUUGUAUAUGCAUGGAAUGUUUGUUGCAUAUAGAUUGUGUACUAAGAUUUUCAAAAAAGUUUUCAAUGAAGUAGCUCACCAAACACUCCUGAGUAAGUUUAGCAGUUGUGAAAUAAGAGCAGAUCUUUAACCAGUUACUGAUCCAUAAGAGGAAGCAAAAAGUUGGAAUAAAUGGAGGGAUAAUUUUUUUUAAAAAAAAUGGUGCCCCCCCCCCAAAGAACAGUAUUGGGACCAGUGUUUUUUAAACUUGUUAAUACAUGCCCUGGAGUUGGGGUUGAGCAGUGGGAGUGUCAAAUUUGGUGAUGAAAACAAAUUGUUCAGACUGGUUAAAAGAAAAAAAAAGGAUUGCAAAGAUCUUCAAAGGUAACUUCUGAAAGUGGGUGAAUGGGCAUUAAAAACUACACACGUACAUCUAUGGGGUGUGUACAGUAAUUGAUGGACCAGAAAAAAGUUGGGAUUGAAAAUAAAACUGUCCUAACGAUGUAAUGCAAAUCUAUGCCUCACCUCAAAAAAGAUACUGUAGAGAUAGAAAAGUUUCAAUCAACAUGAUCAUCUUUCUUCUUUGGCGGUCAUUCAUAGCCAAGUAAGAUUGUCUUCCAUGAAUACGGUCUCAACAGUGUGUCCGUAAGUGACUGUGGAGGCUACUUUUGGAUCUGCACAUCCUUCCACAGUGGAGACAUAGGUUUCCGGAUGGUAGUUGACCACGGUGAGGAUUUGCCAAACGUGCCUUCCUCUUAGCUCGUUUCUCCCUUUCAUUCUGAGUUCGUGCUUCUUCAAAGUCCAUGAUGCCUUUGGUAAAGGCUUUUUUCCAGUUGGAGCACUCGCAGGCCAGUGAUUCCCAUUUGUCGGUGUUUACACUACUUUUUUAUUACAGUGGUACCUCGGUUUAAGUACACAAUUAGUUCCGGAAGUAUGUACUUAACCUGAAGCGUACUUAACCUGAAGCGAACUUUCCCAUUGAAAGUAAUAGAAAGUGGAUUAAUCUGUUCCAGACGGGUCCACGGAGUACUUAAACUGAAAGUGCUCAAACCGAAGUGUACUUAAACCAAGGUAUGACUGUAUUAUUAUUUGCCUUGAGAGCUUCUUUAAACCUCUUGUUGUCCAGGGCUAGAACAACUGCAUCAGGAGAGCUUUCAACAUGUGGGGCUUUAUAGUUUAGGAAAAAAGGCAAAUAAGGCAUGCUUGAUAGAGGUGUAUACUAUUAUCCAUGGUGUGAAGAAGAUGGAUAGAGGAAGGUUUUUCUCCCCCUUGUGUGGCUAGAACACAGUCAUCCAAUGAAGCUGACAAAACAAAGCACUUUAUCAUGUGUUACAUAGUAUGAGAUUUGCUACCCAAAAGUGCAGUCGCGUUCAGUAGAUGGCUUGAAAAGGGUUUAAGCAAAUUCAUGAGGGAUAAGGCUAUCGCAGCCAUGACGGCUGUGUAUUAUAUCCAGUGUUGGAGGCAGAAUACUAUUUGUUGGGGAGCAAUAAUGGGGAGAGUACUGUUGCACCCAUGGCUGGCUUGUGGGCUUCCCAUGGACAUCACUGUCUGAACAGAAUGUCUCUGGGAUCUUUUAUGUGCUUGUGGAUUUUGAUAUUCAAGCUGUCCAGAAGAUGAUGCUGUAUAUCCACAGAUAGUAUUUGAUGGAGAUGUUGCUGAAUCCACAUCUGCAAUGAAAGUGCAACCUGCGCAAUCUUUAACCAAGAUAGAUUAUUUUGUCUCUUAUGUCAAACAACAAACCCUAACAUGGUGCUUA